UUUCAAACUCAGUCAGAGUCGCGUCUUCGAAGUGAACGUAUUCUGAUGUUGCUAGGCGAGUAACCGAUUCGCUCGGGGAGUAACAAGAGAUUAUACACGGUGUUAUUUGAAUGUGCGUAAGUGGUAUAGUUAGCUAAUCAUGGCUACUAACAUUGAAUCGGAGGACCCGAACCAGCUUGCAGACGAGUAUGUGAAGGAGUUUGUGUUGGAUCAUCUGGAUGUGUCGGUGAAGCGGGAGAUGAGCCAGCAGCAGCAGCAGCCGCCACCCCCAACCGGUGGCCGUCAACCGCCUCCGAUAGCAGCGUUGACCUCGGUGAUGUCACCACCCCCACCGCCGCCCCACCAUCAUCUGCUCACCCCACCCUCCCAGCAGCCCGAAGACUAUCAGGACGCAGCGACAGCAGCAGCCACUCACUCACUGGCUGCCAUGACGGUCACCAACCACGGCCACCAUGACCACCACAACGGCGUGCUCGUCGUCAAGCAGAACAUGAUGUACCCGGGCACACCACCAGACACGCCGCCACAUCCCGGCGCAUCGCCACACCAUCCGCCCAACCACUACUUCCAGAUGGACUCGGUGCCACCGCCGCAUCCGCACAUCAUCCAGCACCGGCCCACCGUCCAUGAGGACAUCAUGUGGCUGCAGCAGAGUGUACGCAUGGAGCCGCAACCACUAGACUUGAGGCCCAACUGUGGAUCCGACCACAACGGCAACAUCGACGGUGGCUGGUUGCCUCCGCACCACACCACUGUCAUCGCUGGUGGCAAGCGAUUGCACGACUAUGUCCAUCCUCAAGAUGUCGAUGCAUUGAGUCCUCUGGGCAUUUCUCGCCCUGUCAGUGUUGGAAGUGUCAAUGCAUCCAUGUCACCCGUCAUGAGCAACCAACCAACCACUCGAUCAGGCCGCCAUCACGCUGUCGACGCAAUCAGCGACAAGGAGUUAGUGCAUUUGACCGUGCGCGACUUGAACAAGCGGCUGCACGGCUACCCCCGCGACGUGGUCGUGCGUUUGAAGCAGAAGCGACGCACGCUCAAGAACCGCGGCUACGCGCAGAACUGCCGCACCAAGCGAGUCAACCAACGCGCUCAGCUCGAGCUCUCAAAUCGGUCACUGCACGGAGAAAUAAAUCGCCUCAAAGCAGAGCUGGGACGUGCUCUCCAGGAGCGAGACUACUAUCGCCAACGAUGGGAUUCUAUAAGGCACGGCGGCAACCGUGAGGGAUCCGACGGUAUCCACUCGAACCCCAGCUCACCUGAGUUCAUGUGACGCCGACUGCGGCUUCCGCAACCCGCUGCCCAGGCCCACGCCGCCCUUCUCUCCGCCACCGCCGCCUCCAAGCACGCCCCCAUCACUCGCUUCCUGCAGCAGCAGCAGCAACCACACUCCAACCACAACCACAAUUCUUGUGAUAUACGACUCUAGGACGAUGAUGGUGCCGGUGCCGGUACAAGGCCGCUCUACAACGUGCUGCUGGACAACUAGUGUGCGGUGCGUGCAUAGCAGUGCAUUCAACUCAUCAAAUCCCAGGUCAAAUGUUUACAUUAUUCAUCAUUUUCAUUAUUCAUCCGAAGUUUUGAAAGUAAACAAUGAUUUCACUCAAUCGAUACCAGUUUCAAAACUGUAUUAUUACUCUCAUCAUCUAUUAUUCUAUGUUUGAAGAAUGAAAAAAUUAGAAGUUUUUAAGAAUGAGUAUGAUUUCAGACAAUCUAUAUGAACUAGUUAAGUAAAAAUAAUUCAUAAUAAUAAUAAAUAAUCUUUCAUUAUUUCAUUGUUAGUCUCAAUGAGCGAAGUAGCAAAUUCUUUCUAAUUCUCUACACUGAUUCACGUUCCACAGAUAUAUAAAUCAAUAAAUAUACAAUCAAUUUCACAGAUUGUAUAUUUCACAGAUAUAUACAAUCAAUGGUAUUUGAACAAUAAUAUUCUAUGCAUAUAAUACGGUAGAUCGGAUAAGUUAGAUACACUUCUUAAGGUGCAAUUCCUUACAGGCGACGCGUUUCAAACGGCGCGUAUCGACACGCCUCUAAGGAAUUGCACCUUAAGGUAAACGUUAAAACUUUUAAAAAAUUUUGUCAAAAUUUUUCAAGGGCAAUGGGCCGCUUACGGUUCCGUACGUAAGCCACCUAUUGAUUCUUAGCAAAUGAAUAUGCUGUCAAAUAAAUGAAAGUAGUUCAAUACCAAUAAGUAUUGUUUCUUAUUCAAUAAGAAUGAGCAUAAUUUUUGAUUUUGAAAAGCAGAAUUUUUGUGGGAGUUUCCCAUGAACAAAAUUUUGCAAGUUUUUUUGUGAAUCGUUCAAGUUUUCCAAUUAUUUCCAAUUUAUAAUUGCUCUUGAACUAUAAUUGAUUCUUUCAAUUCCAUUUUGAACUUUAAAUAUCUAUUACUUCUAUUCAUUAAAAUUCUACAACAAAUCAUUCAAGUACCGUAGUAUAAAAUAUUAUUUGUAUUGUUUUGAAACUGAUCUUGGUUAGAGUGAAAUCAUUAUUCUCAGAUAAUAUAUAUUAAUUGUAAUGCUACGGUAUCAGUGCUCUUUCAAUUUAAAAAAGGGGUCUUCUUCCUUGUGAUGAUGGUGGUGGUAAUUUUAGAAUUUCAUUGACCGCUUGCAAAUGUUUUUAAAGAUGGAUUUGUGACCUCUAUCAGAACAAUUUAUAAUAUUCAUAAUUCAGUCAUGCUAUUUAAUUUACCGCAAAGCUUUAUUUAUGUUUCGAGAAUAUUGCUUAGCUGGUUGACCAAUACAGCUCCAGUUCAGUCUCUAGAAAACUAUUAUCAUUAUUAAAUUUAUGCUGCAAAAAAGAGUUUCUAUCUACUUUUCCCAGCUCAAAAUUUAGUCUUCACUGUUUUCUCUGCAGUUUAUACUCUGGAUUAUCAGCUAAGAAACCACCUAUAAUUACCGUAAUAUUUCAAGACGAAUCAAUUACAUCCAUGGAAAUUACCUUUUCAUAAUAUGUUUCUAUCUUGAUUAUACUUUUAUGGAAUAUUUGGAAAUUACCUUUUUAUAAUAUGUUUCUAUCCUGAUUAUACUUUUAUGGAAUAAUUGAUGACGAUAUUACGAUAAAGUUACAGAUUCUUGCAUCAUUCGAGUUGUAUAUUCUAGAUAGCCUUCUUCUUGAAGGUACAAAAAUAAUUGUUGAUGAUUAUUUCUCUACUUAAGACUAUACUGGAGCUGAUUACUUUAUCGACAACUAAGCAAUAGAGGAUCAGUAAUAUUAUUAAUUCUCUAGCUCAUUUGAUCACUUUGCAAUAUUUUCUGGUGAUAUAGGUAGUUGAUUCAUCAAUCAAGUCAAAAUAAAUUCUAGUUUUAUAGCUUUCUGAAACCAUAUCAACUAAAUCACUGUAAUUCAAUGGUUGAUGAAAAUAUUGUAUCUAAAUUUGCUAAGCAAAUUAUAACUAGUGUAAUAUUGUAGGACCUGAAUCUAUUUUGAAUACUUUGGUGUACAGUAAUUAAUGAAUAAUUAUGUAAUAUAUUAAUGAUAAGUGAACUGAAAUUUUAAUUUCGAGUGUGAGAAAUUUGAUACAUUUUUUAUGAUGAAGUGUUUUUACGUUGAGUGAAUCUCCGAGUUGAUUGUAAAAUUAAUUAGGCUACACGAAAUACGGACUAGGUAGAUAAUAAGUGUCAGUCUUCCCUGAAUAUCUUGAAUUUUUCAAUAAUUGCAUUUACUCAAGUGAAAGUAGUAUUAUCUCAUUUUCUUAUAAUUGAGCUUGAUUUUUUAGUAUCCUCUUUCACAUCUCCAUCUCUUUCUUCUUACUGUAUCUGAUACUCGUUACGAAAUCUUUGAUGGUUUUAUCAUUUCAAGAUUGUUUUUGUCGUAGAUCGUAUAUCAAGCUCUAAUACGAGAUAAUAAUAGAUUUGAAUCCAAAUAAUAACAAUUCAAAAUCCAUGUCCAACUUUAUACUUCACAAUAAAUCAAGGUUUGAUUUUGUUCAUCCUGAAUAUUUUUUCAGAUUGGUAAUUCUUGUACUAUUUAAUAUUAUUAUUGUGAAUUGGACUCAGGGCCCAACCCACAUGAUGUUACAGUUCUACAAUAAACCAUUACAAACCAGUUGCAAAUAAGUUGCUUGCUUAAACGACGCAACUGUUUUUUGACCAGUUUGCAACUGAACGGUUGUUGUGAAACAGUCACACCUUGGCCUAAGUUGAGAAUGUAUAACUUUUCGUUGAUAACUAAUCCACUUCAUUUGAAUAAUAAUUUCUCAUGAUAAUUUUCAUCUUUCAAAACAAGGACCAAGUUUCGUACCCAUGAUUGUGGGUAUCCAAAAACUAUACCCGAAACCUUUUUAAAUCACUGAACUUUCCAUAAAUUAUAAUAUAAACUUAUUGUCUCCUGAUCUCGGGAUGAUGAUCAUUCUGACAGUUUUUACAUAUUGCUAUUUUGCUACUAAGUUAUUGCUUAAUUUGUUUGAUAAAUAAAAUAAAUUUUUAGUAAAUCAACUAAUAAUUGAAACUGAAUAAGAAUGAGUGACUAUUAGAGAGGAAUUUAUAAGUAUUAUUCAAACUUCAUCAUCAUGGGAUUAACCGUUUCAUGCUUAAUAUAUCAUUAGGCUAGAUACAUGCUGAUAAUAGAGGGGCUAGCCUAUCAAAUUAAAUUGGCUGCCAUUAGCUAUUAUAAUGCAACUAAUAGCCCUUAUUAGGCCUAAGCAUAUCAUACAUCUGUAUUAUAUUACUAUGUUGAUUAUGAAGCGAUUUUGACUAUCACAGCCACUGAACAUACAAUUCUUGUCACUUUGAGCUUAGUUUCUUGCAACUUGAAUAACAGGGGGGAGAAAUGUUGAAAUAGGGGAACGGUCUUGUAUCUCUUAGUAGAAUGACUCCUUUCCCAUCAAUUCUCUUGGCAAUUGCCUCAUGAUUGUUUGACAAUUCCUCGCAAAAUGAUUUCAGGAAUAAAUUUAAAAUCUUGCUCAACUUCCAGCCAGGCUGAAUUUGAUCGAUGAUCCCUUGAUUUCAAUCAAUUUAUAAUAUUAUAUUGUAUUAAAUUUAUUGAGUGCGAGGUUCAACAAUAGUCUCAAGAAUUUGAAAAAAAACUCCAUAAUUAAUUACUAUUUCUAGUAGGCCCUACUGUAGAAAGGUACGGUACUAUUUGAUAGAAUCCAAUUAUUACAAUCAAAUCUAUUAUUGUAUCAAUUUUGAAAAGCAUUGGCCUUGAAAAAUAUCUAUAAUCGUAUUCAUUUUGUUGGAAAUUCAACAUUAAUGUCUUAUUUGAAGUUGCGAUUGUUUACAGAAAUUGAUUCAGGUUCAUAAAAUGUAACUCAAAUAUUCUUUCAUUCUCACUUUUGGAUUUUUUUUUAUGUGAAAUAUAUAAAUAUGAACGAUAUUAAAUCCACUUUGAGAUAGUCAUGACAAAUCUUAUAUUUUGUGUUUCAUAGAUUUCAUCGAUGAAUUACUGUAAUUUUGAUAAUGAUGUAAUGUUUCAGGAAUAAUCACUUGACUAAUAAGUUCAAACCCCUCAUGCUCAAAUGAGUGGCUCAAUCAAUGGUCAUUAAUGAUUGCUUCAUAAUCUCUGAAUAAAUGGUAAUUGAAUCUAAUUCCUCUCUCUCACAUUACCAUUAUCUUGAAAUACAUUAAAGGUUGUUUUGAAAAUUCUAAAUUUAUGCAACAUCCAUCACUAUUCAAAUAAAAUGUUUUUACUGAUCAAAUGGUUCAACUCUAUGAUGAAGUUUUAGCUUGAAGAAUUGGUUUCAAAGUAUCAACUCGAUUUCAUAGAACUCAAUUAUAUCAAUGAUAAAAAGUUUUUAAAAUGAUUGGUGUAGAAUUAAAAUUUCCCAAUGAGGAUGAGAUUUAGGGGGUGGGGGAAUAGAAAUUUGUUUAUUUUUGUAAUUUUCUGUUCAACUCGCACUACUUUACUAGCCAAUCACAUUCAUAUAAUCUGAAACCUGGAAAAAAGUUGAAAACCUCCAAUUUCAUGAGUAGUUUGCUUUUUUACAUGUACUCAAGUUCGUCUGACAUGCGAUUUGAUGUUUUGCCCAAUUUGACCACUUGAUUUGCUAUCAUUUUGCACAAAGCUCUCUUCAAAAACUAUCAUAUCAGAUUUGAGAAGGGUGUCAGGACAGACUGUGACAGAAGUCUGAAACAAAUAAUUAUGAUUUCCUAUUAUAUACCCCAAUAGGAAUUAAUACGCUAAUUAUAUUCUCGUUAUGUUGCAUGCUUUCAAGUUUUAUUGCUCUAUGGUUAUUCAUAUUCUAUUAUAUUAUUCUAUCAUCAGAUUCUAUUCAUUACCAAUAUUAUUAUGAUAUGCUUGUGUUAAGUUCUCAAUUUUUAUUACAACCUUGCGAUUUGGUUAUCCUUGAUUUUUACUUGCCACGUUAUUCUUAGUUAUAAGUAAGCUAUUUAGUCAUUAUAAAAUAAUGAAAAAGUCAAGCUCAUCAAUAGCAUUACGAAUCUUCUAUGCUGAAUAUCUUGUGGGAGUGGAUAAUAUAUAUAAUGAUCUCAAUUGAAAAUGCAUUUUCCUCCAAUUCAUCAAUAAUGCUGAUUGCUGAGACAUGAAUGUGUUGACUCUGUUUCUGCAAUCAUCAUAAAUAACAUCUCUUCUAUUAUGUGAUGAGUUCAUAAGCAUUUGAAGUCAUGUAGAAAGCAUUAUUUAUAAAUAAAAUAUAUUAUUAUUCCACUCAAGCUCAACUCAUUCAAGCUCAGCCGUGUUCCAAUCUAAUGAAUUUGUAGCAGGAAUCUGUUACAAUAAUAUUGUAUCAUCGAUUAUUCAAUAUUUAUACCUUUUUAUGUUGUUUCUGGGUUACAUUAUUUAAAUUAAUCUCAAUUUAACAAUCUUGUAUUUAUUAUUUGAAGCACAAUGAUUUUUGACAAAUAUUACAGGGUUAUAUCUAUAUCAGUCGAUACCUUUAUUAUUUUACUCCUGGUAUAAUGUAUGUUGUAGAUUGUAGACUACAACAUUAUCUAGUGAAAUGAUGUGUAACUCAUUAGCUUGGACCAAUUUAAAUAGAUUUCAUUGACUGUAUUUUAUGUUAAGAUUAUUUCACGAUUGAUUAAGAAUACUUCACUUGAUAAAAUCAUUGUAAAUCUCUGAGUUGAAGUUCAAAUCUCAUUAGUUAAAUUCUUUAAGUGUUAAUAGUUACCAUUUUGUUACCAGAGAUCGAAAGCGAACUAAAUCGAUGAAUGGUAAUGGAAAAUGUACAAAAAAACCGUUAUAAUAAAAUGGUGUACAGCUUAAA